AUGGGUGCAUUUUGUGAUGGUCGUAGACAGCCAUCGGCGGGUAGUGGAGGAAGUGGUUCAAUGGGCACUUCUGGUGGUGCAGGUGCGAUGAUGGGUGCGCCGGGUGUAGGUGGCGUUACUCAGCAAGGCAUUCUAAUGGAUGAUCAAUCGUCGCCUUCAUAUUGGGUGGAGCAUUUGGCGACAUUUGCGGUCGGUCGUGAGUUCGGUUUGCAGUCGCCAGCGGACGGUGUUCGUAAGCUGAAACAACUCGAAAAGAACAGUGCAAUUUGGGCACAGCCAAUGGUACUGAGACUACGGCCGAAUGUUGUUUCGGUGGAAGACGAGAAUGGAGAUUUAGUGGAGCAGUUUCCGAUGGAAUUGGUCACAGAUCCGAGUGCACAUAUAUCGAACGAUCCACGUGAUUCUUACAACAACAUUCUGCUAUUUAUUGUACAAGAGGACAAAAGACGUGGCAGAAAUUUGGCUCCCACUGAAAUGCACAUAUUCCAGUGCAAUCGAGUGUCAGCAAACGAAGUGGUGGAGGAUAUGCGUGCAUUUAUGACUGGACAAUAUCAGCGAGUGGCUCAGGGUCGACGGGAUAUGGGACUUAUCGGGCAGACACCAUACUACGGGGGGCCUGCAUUGCCGGGUUGGUAUUUUAGUGCUCUAGGUGGUGCUACUCGAGGAGUGUAUCGAGAUGAUACAUCAGCAGCGAGUUCGGAUGGCAGUGAGUAUUUCGAACGUGAUGUGAAUACACUGAAUCGUUGUUUCGACGAUAUCGAACGUUUCGUGGCGAGAAUCCAGUCGGCGGCCAUCGCACAACGCGAGCUCGAGGCACAAACGCAGCGAAUGCGCCAAGCGCAGCAACAACAGCAACGUAAACGCGGCAAGGAGACAGCCAACAACAACAACAACACCGCCCAACUCGACGCCCAAUCCGGCAUCCUCCAGAUGCGCGCCCAAUUGCCAGCCGACUUUGAAUUUGUGGACAUUUUACAGAAAUUUAAACUCUCAUUCAAUUUAUUGGCCAAGCUCAAAAACCAUAUCCACGAGCCGAAUGCACCUGAAUUACUCCAUUUUUUGUUUACUCCGCUCACGAUUAUUCUCGACGCGUGCCAUUGGGGUUUAGGACGGAAUAUUGCACAGCAGCCGUAUCGACCGGUCUUCAUGGACGGUUACGCACCGUACGGACCACCCGACAACUACGAUGCGUUCGUCUCACAAGGUUACAACCGUUACAUGCCUCCGCCCGGUGAGAUGCAGCCUCCCGGACAACCGCAGCCAAUGCAUCGUGUUAGUGCUGCUGCAGCUGCUGCUGCUUGUUAUGAUUUUGGUGAGACAGAUGUGAGAGAGAAACAUUUUUAUUUUAGUCAAGAAAGGCAAAGGAUUGAAAAAGAAAAAGAAAUGAUAGCGCAAGAGGCCGAACAACGUUCGAUGGCGAGUAGUUACGCGACAAAACAUGAGUAUAUUUUGGUGUUGAGCAUUAGUGAAUUAGUGCGUAUAGUGGAUGGUGUGGUGUAUAUGGCAAAAAAUGUUAUUAUAAUUGUGUUCAGUUCACGUCAACAAUCGCCAGCGAUGGGUCGGCGAGGCAUGAACGGUAUGAUGGAUGGUGGUGGUGGUGGUGCAUCGGCACAACAAGCACUCGGACCAAUCCCACAACCGGAUCCGAGCCCACGACAGAAAGCCUUCUUGGACGAUAUUGUUGCAAGACGAGCGAAACUCGUUCAAGUCACCUACGAUCGAGUCGCACAAAAUGCUAAAGAACUUACUGUGUCGCGCGGUGAAUACUUGGAGGUAUUAAACGAUAACAAGAAUUGGUGGGAGUGUACGAAUGUGCAUCACCGCGUCGGUUAUGUGCCACACACAAUCCUCUCAGUUGUACAGAUUGAUCGAGACCUAUCGCCACGCUCAAAUCCACCUCAGGAUCCGGGAUUUCACCCGUCUUCGGAUCGAGCAAAUAUGAUGGAUCGGAAUGCAGCAGCAGCAGGCAUCGGUAUGCAACAGCAGCAUGGCCCUCCACCACCGCCGUCAGGUGGUUAUCAACCAGCAAUGCAAAAGCAAUCCAACAUCAACUCAGCAGCAGCGCGUCCAGGUAUGAAAUUAAUUAAUGAUGAUGACACACCUGAGUAUAUUAAGCAGAGGCAAGGUAAGCGUGGUGAAUUUCGUUACUUCUAG